UUCGUCCAAAUUCCCUCUAAAAUUAUAUUUUCUUCGUAUUGCGUACUAUUUGUGCUUAUUAAUUUUUUUAUUGGACAUAAACAUGGAAAGGAAGAAAGAUUAAAUUGGGAAUAAUGAAUUAAAUGGAAGUUUUUUAUUGCAAGCAAUUCCGCUAGUUGAGUUAAUAUAGAGAUAUGAGUAAACUCACCACAGAAAAUACAGAAGACCCAAAUGAUGUGUCUCCGCCAAAACAAGCUAAAAUAUCUACAUCUUUCCAAUCUGCUUUCAGUAACUUGAAGAAAUCCGAGUUUUUCAAGGAAGAACUGCCAACUCCUGAGACUUCCGCAGCUGCAAUUUCCCAUAGAACACAUACUAUCUUAGUCAGUCCGAAGCAGAAAGGUAAUCCAUUACUGAAGUUUAUAACAAAUGUUUCAUGGGAGUAUUCCGAUAUUGUACCAGAUUAUGUAAUGGGAAGAACUACAUGUGCUCUCUUUUUAUCAAUUCGUUAUCAUCAGCUUAAUCCUGAUUAUAUUCACGAGAGACUCAAAUUGUUAGGCAAUGCUUACAAUUUGCGAGUACUUCUUGUGCAGAUUGACGUUGCUGACCCUCAUCAUGCUUUGAAACAUUUAACAAGAAUAUCCAUUCUGGCAGACAUGACAAUAAUGUUAGCAUGGAGUGCAGAGGAGGCAGGAAAAAUUAUUGAAACUUACAGAUAUGAGGCUAAGCCUCCUGAUGAUAUAAUGGAACGUAAUAAUAUAGCACCGCAUCAAAAAUUGGUUAACUCUUUAACAACAAUAAGGUCUAUCAAUAAAACUGAUGCAACAACUCUUUUAACAACUUUUGACACAUUAGCUGAUAUUGUGAAAGCACAACCCAAUACGUUGGCCUUGUGUCCAGGAUUUGGAUUACACAAAGCUCAAAAACUUCAUAAAGUUUUGCAUGAACCUUUUCUACGCACCACAAACUCUUCUACAAAAUGAAUAAUAUUAAUCUAUAUAAAAUUUAUGAAUUGAAAUUUAUACUGAUUCAAUAAUAAUUAGAUGUAAUCAUAAGGAGAUAUUUAAAUUGCUUGUAAUACUUUAGACAACAAUUAUGCUAAAAAUGAUUUAUAAAUAAUUUGAUUCUUAA